AAAAAAACAUCGACUUGGAGUGCAAGUACUUUUUCGUGAUUUGGAGCUGCUUCUUCGGAAGUUCUUAACCUCAAAGCGCAGGUUAAAAAAAAAGCAUUCCUGUUCAGUGCAGAAAAUAUUGACGGUCCAUCUGACAAGGCGAAUCGUCACGGAGCAAAGCAACGUCAAAGAGGGAGCUGCAGCAGCAGUAAGAAGGCAGACAGGCAGGCAAGGCAACUGCGAUAUACACGUAUAUAGGUGGGCAGUAUAGUAAGAUGAAAAUGUCGCCGCGGUUGCAGUUCGCGGACAAUGAAAAGUUAAUAGUUGCGUGUGCAUAACGACGAGGAGGCCACCUGACUACCCGCUCGACAAUGGAGCUCAACGAGCAGCAGCGGCACAACUCCAGCUUGGUCGCAGAGCUGUACUUCCUCAUCGCGAAAUUCCUCGCGGAUGGCCCGUGUCAUGAGGUUGCUAAGGCUCUGAAGAACGAACUGGAGCGGUCCAAGAUACUGCCACAGAGAUUAGAUUGGCAAGGCAACCUGCACGCAUAUAGUUUCGAGGAGCUGGAAAAAAAGUUCUCGCACAUCAGUGGACAACAUUUGCUGCAAAUAUGUUCACGGAUGGGGCCAGUUUUGGAGAAAGAGGUACCACCAUGUGUUUCUGGUGCCAUUUCUUUGCUUGGUGCUGGAAAACAGUCAUUGCUUCGAACAAAAGAAGAUAUGCUCAAAUAUUCUCGAAGUACAGUAAGUUUUUCGACCAGAAUCGGAGGCAAGCCCAUCACAGAUCCUCCAGGACACUUUCCUACGUUAAGUAUUGUAAAUGUACUUCAGGGCAGAGAAAAUUCUGGCUCGCUUUCCAGAUCCCAAGUGAUCUCUUCGAAAUUUUACAGCAAAAUGCAACUCUACAGGCAUACACUAGGUCACUUGUCAGCUGUUUAUUGUGUGUUAUAUGACCGCACCGGUAAAUAUAUUAUUACCGGUGCGGAUGAUUUACUUGUAAAAGUCUGGAGUUCGAUAGACGGACGGUUAUUGGCUACUUUUCGUGGCGCUUCGUCUGAAAUCAUGGACAUUGCUGUCAACUUUGACAAUACUUUGCUUGCUGCUGGUAGUCUCGAUAAGAUUAUUAGAGUUUGGUGCUUUCAAACUAUGUCACCGAUUGCAGUACUAUCUGGACAUACAGGAAUAAUUAUGUCUCUGAGUUUCUGUCCCAUUCCUUGUAACGGCGUUUAUUAUUUGGUCUCGACAAGCAGCGAUGGCUCAGUGGCAUUUUGGUCACAUUCAAAAGAUAGUGACCGAUAUAUAUUUCAACCAAAGCCCACCCAGUACCAUGAAAAAAUGCGUCCUGGUCAGGCUCAGAUGAUUUGCGCAUCCUUCAGCCCUGGAGGUGCAUUUAUGGCUGCAGGUUCAGCUGAUCAUCAUGUUCGCGUCUAUCAGAUGCUUGGCCAUGAAGGUCCCAAACGUGUACUGGAAGUUGAAGCUCAUUCCGAUACUGUUGAUAGUAUUCAAUGGGCUCAUAGCGGUCUUAAAUUUAUCUCCGGGUCCAAGGACGGCACUGCUAAUAUUUGGAAUUUCGAACAACAGGAAUGGCGUAGUAAGAUACUCGUUAUGACCACCAAGUUGUCUGGUGAACCAGAUACAGAAGAUAGCUCGAAUAAAAAAAAUAAAGUAACGAUGGUUUGCUGGGACGUGAGUGAUGAGUGGGUCGUAACAGCAGUUAACGACACUACGUUAAAAAUUUGGAACGCUAAAACUGCCGAACUUGUGCGAGUCUUGCGUGGUCAUAAAGACGAAGUGUAUGUUUUGGAAUCGCAUCCGAUCGACCCUCGAAUUAUCCUCAGUGCCGGUCAUGAUGGACAGCUGAUGAUCUGGGAUGUGCUCAAAACGGAGCCCAUAGCUUGUUUCCAGAACUUAAUCGAGGGCCAAGGUAGUGGUGCUGUUUUUGAUGCCAAGUGGUCUCCUGAUGGCACAAUGCUGGCAGCAACAGAUUCCCACGGCCAUUUAAUGAUGUAUGGUUUUGGCUCUGGAAUACAACGAUUGAAGAUUGUGCCAAAGGAGCUGUUUUUCCACACUGACUACCGGCCCUUGAUUCGAGAUGCCAACAACUUCGUUUUGGACGAGCAAACCCAAACAGCGCCCCAUUUGAUGCCACCGCCGUUUCUUGUUGAUGUCGAUGGCAAUCCUUACCCUCCUGCACUACAAAGACUCGUUCCAGGCCGAGAAACAUGUGAAACUGAACAGUUGGUACCCAAUAUCGCUGUUGGCGCUAGUGGACAGCAAGAGGUGAUCGAAGGGCUGCCCGAGCCAGGUGAACUACCACGUUCGAAUAUCGAUCGGUUGAUUGAGCAGCUUGCUCAACGUCAGCAUAUUAACCAGGAGGAUGCUGCUGCUGCUGUUGCUGCUGUUGCUGCUGCUGCUGCUGCUAAUAACGAAGAACAGCCAGUGCGGCAGAUUGCGAGUCCGCGCGCUAGUAGACCGGGUCUGCGACGCGUUGGUGAUGUCGAGGGUGUUAGACAAAGCAGUGGCAAUUGGCAGCGGGAUAACACCACUCCCUGGAAAAAACCCAUUCUUGUGCGGAGACUUCAUCCUGCAGUUCUUCAUACUAUGAACAAACAAACAAUGGCAAUGUCUGAAAUGGAAAUGGAUUGCUGGAGGCGGGAAAUGCGAAGAAAGUCCGACAUGUCCAGUGUUACGACUCCAGAUCAAGCCAAAUCAUCAGUACGUAACAAAAAAAGUCGUACUGCCAAGCAUGGUUAUCGUACAAGAGCUACCCGGGGUGACGAAGAGCAAGACGAUGAAGAUUUUGAUAACCAGGAAAAUUCCGGAAGCUCAGGCAGCAGUAACGAGUCUACUUCCAAUGAGGAAGAAAUGUGUUCGGACUCUUCGUCAUCUGAUACAAGUAGCGAAUACUCCGAUUGGAUGGCCGAUCACGGCGAAAGCUUAGAGCCACCAAAGCGGAGCAAACGAAAACCCGUACAAAAGCGGCCUGCAACUCCUCCUAGUGAUUCGGAUAGAAGAAGGAGUCAGCGACCUAAGAAAAAGGUUGUGAUGGCGGAAGAAGAGCCAAGUACAAGUACUGUGACCGAACUACCUGAAAUUUAUCGUCCACCGGAAUGGCUUACUGAAGUGAUACCUAAGAAAACACCUUAUUUUCCACAAAUGGGGGACGAAGUUGUUUAUUUCCGUCAAGGUCAUCAAAAAUACUUUGACAUGGUGAAGGCAAAAAAAAUUUAUAACAUAAGCCGUUCUUGUGAACCGUGGAGAAAACUCGAUCUCAAGGCUCAAGAAUUUGCCAGAGUUGUCGGUAUAAAGUAUGAAAUAAAACCACCUCGGUUGUGUAGCGUAAGACUGCAGCAGUUGGAUGAAAAUGGCCACGUGACUGGUGAAUUUUUUACGAUCAAAUAUCAUGAUAUGCCAGACGUCCUAGACUUUAUUAUUCUGCGUCAGACGUUCGAACUUGCGCUUGAAAGGCACUGGACGGAAGGUAAUAAGUUCAGAUGUGUGAUCGACGACAGCUGGUGGACCGGACAAAUCUUAUCUGUGCAACCACACACCGAAGACUUUCCUGAUUCAUAUUUCUUGUGUUUCCUCAUUCGGUGGGACAACGGAGAAAUGGAACACAUGAGUCCUUGGGAUCUCGAACCUCUUGAUGAAGAGCGAUUACCAACGGAGGUGGCCAGUGCUGUCCCGGUUCUUCCAGAAGAAAUCCAGGAAACACUGUAUCAACCUCAGCCGGAAGAGUGGCCGAUGGGUGAUCGUGAGCUGACCUGCAGUCAAAUAAUCCGAGGACUCGACCAAGUUAUGACCUUGGCCAUUGCAGAGCCCUUCAUAGCACCGGUCGAUCUCAGCUUGUAUCCGACUUACGCGACGAUCAUUGAGUACCCAAUAGAUCUCUCGACGAUCAAGGCGCGUUUCGAUAAUCGCUUCUAUAGGCGAAUCGCAGCCGCUCAAUUUGACGUCAGGUAUUUGGCAACUAAUGCUGAAAGAUUCAAUCAAAAAAAUAGUCGAAUCGUCAAGCAGGCGAGAAUCGUUACUGACAUCUGUUUGCGCAUCAUCAACAAAGAUGGAGCUGAGUAUGGAGACGUCACUGCCUUGUACCACGAAAUAGCAGAUAGUUAUCACGAAACUUCAGAUUCGGACAUUGACGUUGAAAAUGAUGACACCAACAGGCCUUCUACAAGCUCUAGCCGACCUCGACGAACGGCUAAUUCGAGUAGUAGGCACAAGAAAACUCAAAAUUUUAACAAAGACUGGAGGGUAGCUUGUAAACAACUUUUAGAAACACUGUGGCAGUGUAAAGAUUCUAUGCCAUUUAGAGCACCCGUGGACAGUUUAGAGCAUCCAGAUUACCAACAAAUUAUAGAUACCCCAAUGGAUCUUCAAACAGUUAGGGAAGAGCUCAUGGGAGGUAAUUACGAGUCUCCCAACGAAUUUGCCAAAGAUAUAAAAUUAAUAUUCUCUAAUAGUAAAAGUUACAAUACAAAUCCAAAGUCAAAGAUCUAUUGUAUGACUGUUCGGCUAUCAGCUAUGUUUGAGGAACACAUGCACAGCAUACUGAGUAGUUGGAAAUCUGCUUCGCGGCGAAAAAAUAAUGUUAAAAACAAGAAAUCGCGUCCAAAAAAGCAGUUAACGAAUGGAGCAUCUAGAAAAAGGAAAAUCGUUAGUGACGAAGAGGAAGAAGACGAGAAUAUUCACAAUGAUGUUCCGGUGGAAAAUAAUAACGGGGCUGAUAAAGAAGAGGCUAGUAAUUCUCGAACAAAAAGGCCGAGAAAUUGUGAUUUAGCAGGUCCUUCUACCCUUGUAAAUGGUUAUCCUAAACGAGUGGCAGAAUCGUCUGGUCUUUCUUUACGGCCUCGAAACAAAAGAAAACUCUCGCAUUCGAAUGACGAUGAUGAUGAGUUUGAGAGUGAAAUCUCUAACGAAAGCGUGAGUGAAUCGAGCCAUGAUGACGAAAGACCCAAACGAAACAAAAGAUCUCGAAAUAUGCGUUCAGUUAAUGGUUAUGGCAAUGGUAGUGAUUCAGAUGAGUAUGUACCAAGUGCCAAAGGUAAGCAGUCGAAAAAAAAUCAAGCCAAAAAUAGUAGCCCUGUCAAGAAAACAAGACCUAAUCGAACUCCGGAAAAAAAACAAAUCAUCGAAGAAAAUUCCGAGGAAGAAGAGGAAGAAGAAGAGGACGCAAUUGAAGACCACGAGAUUGACGACGACGACGAUGACGACGAUGAUAAUGAUGAAAAUUAUGUUGUUGUAAAGCCGGAAGAGGGUCGCAGUAUGAGGCCAAGAAGGUACUUGGUUACCGGUGAUGAUGACGAUUCAGAUGAAUCUUAUGAACCAUCGUUUAGGAGUAAACAGAUGCGAAAAAAUCGACCAAAAAAGAGUAGAAAAACAAGACCAAACCGAACACCAGAAAAGCGAGUGCCAAUGGAUAUCCUUACCGAUGAAGAAAAUGAUGAAGACAAGGAAGAAGAACUUGAUACUAACGAAGGUGCAGACGAGAGCGAUGAUGAGAAUUUCGUGGAGGAACAGACGGAUGAUAGCGAAGAGGUCACGGCAACGCGAAGUCGUAGCAGGAAACAGCAAAAAGUUCGCGCUGUGGCUGCAAGAAAUAAUAUUCAAGACAGUGAGGACGACAUGGAUGACGAAUACAAAGAAGAGGAGUUCAUGAUGACAGAAGAAAACAGUCAGCUUGAAACGAUUACCGCAGUUGAGAAUCUGUUAAAUGACAGCUUAAAUGUAGCAGAAAACUUAGAAGAAGAGGAAGAAGAGGGAGAGGAGGAGGAGGAAGAGCAGGUUGAGGAUAACGAAGACGAGAUAGAAGAGGACAACAGUAGUGACUACGUGGCCACAAAACAUCAGGUCCACAAUUUUGUCGGCGAAAACGACGUUCCGCUUACUCGCAGAACCCGUUAUUCUAGCGAGUCCAAAAUCACCAAUAGUCCAAACAAACACCAUAAUCUCCGACUUUCUAGUGCCAAACGGCACUACAAUGAAGAUUCUGAUCAGGAUGACGAUUUUGGUGAUGAAGACGAAUAUGAUUAUGAAGAGAACAGUCGAGGUAGUUCGAGUACUCAGACUAAAACAACGCGUCGUGCUGUGAAAAGGCCGUACUAUGGCGAAGCAGCGAGUGACGACGAAAGCAGCGGUCUUGGGAGUUCCAAUGGACAAAACUCUUCUAUGUUAGGCUACAGCGUAAGUAGCCGAGGUCGUAUUAGGAAGCCAACUCCCAAGGUGUUGUCUGCAUUUCGAUAACGACGCGCGAAUUCCUGACUGGUUUUCGGCGCCUAAUAUGUUUUUUUUCUUUUUGAGAUGCCACACGACGGUGUGGAUUUUCUUCGUUUGUACUUUGUAACGUCAAUAAUGAAGAUUUGAUUUGAACGUUAAAAGUGAAUUUUAUUUGAAAUUUAAUAAUGCUUGUGAGGGUUGAAAAAAAUGAAAAUCAAGUUAGGCGUCGAUACCUUAAGUAGCGCUACUUGUAAAAUAGUAAUACAUCUCUGUAAUUUUAUAAAUUAUGAAUGGCACUCAAGUAAAUAUAGUAUAAGGAUUUCAGUGCUGUGGCUUUGACAGCCGCCAUUAAACGUUUGUAUCAUGCUUUUUAAAUAUUUUGCACAUUUGUACAUGUAGAUAAGUUUGUUCUCCUUUUGUCUACUAAAUUAUUUUCCUGCUAAAAUAAUUCAGUGUUAGUCUGAAGUGUCAUCAAAUCGUUACAGGAUUCUCAUUUCUCCUGAUGUUGAGCACACGAGUGAAAGUUUUUUUAAAUGUAUCAGUGAAUUGAGUGAGUAAUUAAUUGUACUGAAUUCUGUGAUGCAUUCACAGAGAUCUCUUUUACAAAAAUAAAUUUUUAAGUUUAAGUAAAGUGCAAUUCGAUGAUCGUUUUUCU